AUGCCCGCCUCCGACACCUCUCCUCCAGUCCCGACUGCUGCCCCGGCAACUUCCCCUCCGUCCUCGAGUGAUUCAUUCUCUCAACUAGAGCACUCCGCACCCGAUCUCAUCAUUUCGUCCUCUGAUCUCGCGACAUCAUCAGCAACGUCGAAAACAAUAGUGAACGGCGCGGAGCCCGAGAAGCACCCAAAGGGAAAGCGGAAGAGGACUGCCGCCAAAGAUAAGAGCAUACUUGAGAAUGCCUACCUCGCGAACCCAAAACCAGACAAGGCGGCGCGUCUGGACAUCGUAAAGCGCGUUUCCCUCAACGAGAAGGAGGUUCAAAUCUGGUUUCAAAACCGUCGCCAGAAUGACCGGCGCAAGUCGCGUCCCCUCUCUGCACAGGAAAUCGCAGCUCUCCGUUACGGUGGAAUGCAGAUACUCUCCUCUGACCCUGCAUCAUAUAGCUCUCCCGUCGGCGAGGAUAAGACGUCACCAAUAGUCGAAGCUGCUGCUACGAGUAGCGCUUCUGCGCCUAUGGAGACACCAGUCAAGCCUGUUCACACGGGCGCGAAGGAAGCCGUCGACGGUUCUCGCACCGUCAGUCCAUCCCAUGGAAUUGGCAUUUCGGGAGACAGCGCUCUGAAGACCCCCUCAACUCAACAGUCAGACCCUGCCUCUCAGCCGCAGACCUCAUCCUCGUUUUCCUUCUCAAGCUCCAUAGGACUCAUGUCUAAGCGGUGGAACCCUGCAAGUUCCUUUUCCACGCCGUCGACGCUCGAUCGCAGGGUAGACGAUACUCCCAGGCCGACGGAUGAGAAGGAACCCGCAAGAGUCAAAGUCAACAUGUUGGUGUCCCCAUCGGGUGACUCUGACAAGGAAAAUUGGCUUCCGGAUGAAGAGGGGAACGCACGUCGCAUAUCGCCAGCCGGAGAAGUCGGGGCGCCAUUGCCUACGACAGCUGCUAACAAGCCCAACGCGAGGCGGACGGGUCGCAUUCUUCAGGGCCAUCCAGGACCAGUCAUCUUCAGUGGCAACCGCGCCAGGACGAUGCCAGCUAUGGGUCGGAGAGAUUCUGGGAAGGACAUGUCCAUCUUCGAGGAUGAUGAAGGCUUGUUGGCGCAAAAGCCUGCGGAUGAGGUUGAAAUAUUUAUGCGUGGUGAAGUCAGCCCGGGCAAAAAGGGGGACAUGGAUUGCAUCGCAGGCUUGCUGUCUUUGAGUCAAGGGAACUGGAGGUGA